GGAGACCUUUGAAAGCCUGCCAUUGGUGAGUUUACCAAAGGCAUCUGCCAGUGGGACUUCAGUGGAAUGUGAAACCAAAUCGUUUUCAAGUUAAAGAUAGACACAGUGGAUGCCAGAAUCUGGAAGCCGGGUUUUUAAACUCCUGUCUCUCCCUAGAAUUUCGGAGUUGGUUAUGGUCUCAGGAGUAAUUAACAAUUUGGCUAAAAUCUGUUCUUCCCAUGAGCGUGCUAGCAAUCACGGUGCGCACUAGGUGAACUGACUCUACAAGGGUUGAAAAGCAGAUGCUGUGCCUGUUCGGGAUAAACAGGAUUUAUAAGCCCUGGGGAGCACUUGAGAAGUCUUCAAAUGCCACAAUCAACUGCUAUUUCAAAGAAAACAAAAUAGAUGGUUCUGGGAAGUCCAUGCUGUUUCUUCAUUGAAUUUUAGAAUGAUUGAAGAUAGUGGGAAAAGAGGAAAUACCAUGGCAGAGAGAAGACAGCUGUUUGCAGAGAUGAGGGCUCAAGAUCUGGAUCGUAUCCGACUCUCCACCUACAGAACAGCAUGCAAGCUGAGAUUUGUGCAGAAGAAAUGCAAUUUGCACCUGGUGGACAUCUGGAACGUCAUCGAAGCAUUGAGGGAAAAUGCUCUGAAUAACCUGGACCCAAACAUAGAACUCAACGUGGCCCGCCUGGAGGCCGUGCUCUCCACCAUUUUUUACCAGCUCAACAAACGGAUGCCAACCACUCACCAGAUCCAUGUGGAGCAGUCCAUCAGUCUCCUGCUGAACUUCCUGCUCGCAGCCUUUGACCCGGAAGGCCAUGGUAAAAUCUCAGUAUUUGCUGUCAAGAUGGCAUUGGCCACGCUGUGCGGAGGGAAGAUCAUGGACAAGUUAAGAUAUAUUUUCUCAAUGAUCUCUGACUCCAGUGGAGUGAUGGUUUAUGGAAGAUAUGACCAGUUCCUUCGGGAAGUUCUCAAACUUCCCACGGCGGUCUUUGAAGGGCCUUCAUUUGGUUACACAGAACAGUCAGCCAGAUCCUGUUUCUCCCAGCAGAAAAAGGUCACAUUAAAUGGCUUCUUGGACACGCUCAUGUCGGACCCUCCUCCCCAGUGCCUGGUGUGGCUGCCUCUUCUGCAUCGACUGGCGAAUGUCGAAAAUGUCUUCCAUCCAGUUGAGUGUUCCUACUGUCACAGUGAGAGCAUGAUGGGAUUUCGCUACCGAUGCCAACAGUGUCACAACUACCAGCUUUGCCAGGACUGCUUCUGGAGGGGCCAUGCAGGAGGUUCCCACAGCAACCAGCACCAAAUGAAAGAGUACACAUCAUGGAAAUCACCUGCUAAGAAGCUGACGAACGCGCUAAGCAAGUCCCUGAGCUGCGCUUCAAGCCGCGAACCUUUGCACCCCAUGUUCCCAGAUCAGCCCGAGAAACCACUCAACCUGGCUCAUAUCGUUGAUACUUGGCCUCCGAGACCUGUAACCAGCAUGAACGACACUCUCUUCUCCCACUCUGUCCCCUCCUCAGGAAGUCCUUUCAUCACUAGGAGCUCUCCUCCCAAGGACAGUGAAGUAGAACAGAACAAAAUGCUGGCUAGGGCUGCUCCAACCUUUCUGAAGGGCAAAGGGAUACAGUACAGCCUAAAUGUGGCAGACAGGCUAGCCGAUGAACAUGUUCUCAUUGGGUUAUAUGUCAACAUGCUCCGGAGCAGCCCAUCAUGUAUGCUUGAGAGUUCAAACCGCCUUGAUGAAGAACACAGGCUGAUCGCCAGGUAUGCCGCACGCCUGGCAGCAGAAUCCUCAUCCCAGCCCACUCAGCAGAGGAAUGCUCCCGACAUCUCCUUCACCAUCGACGCAAAUAAACAACAAAGGCAGCUGAUCGCAGAGCUAGAAAACAAGAACAGAGAAAUCUUACAAGAGAUCCAGAGACUCCGGCUAGAACAUGAGCAAGCGUCUCAGCCUACGCCGGAGAAGGCUCAGCAGAACCCAACCUUGCUGGCAGAACUCCGGCUGCUCAGACAGCGCAAGGACGAGCUAGAGCAGAGGAUGUCUGCUCUCCAGGAGAGCCGGAGAGAGCUAAUGGUCCAGUUGGAAGGUCUCAUGAAACUACUGAAGGAAGAAGAAUUGAAGCAGGGAACCCAGGGGGCAGGGUCCCCUCGCUCUUCCCCCAGCCACACCAUCAGCAGGCCAAUUCCCAUGCCCAUCCGGUCAGCCUCUGCCUGCUCCACACCAACGCACACUCCUCAGGACUCCCUCACUGGGGUAGGGGGAGAUGUGCAAGAGGCAUUUGCACAGAGUUCAAGAAGGAAUUUAAGGAAUGACUUGCUAGUCGCGGCGGAUUCCAUCACUAACACCAUGUCCUCUCUGGUGAAAGAGCUGAAUUCAGAGGUGGCAAGUGAAACCGAAAGUGCUGUGGAUUCUGAAUUUGCAAGAACUCAGUUUGAAGGUCUGGUUCCAUCGCCAACCUCUGAAAAGGCUUUUCUAGCCCAAAUCCACGCCCGAAAACCUGGGUACAUUCAUAGUGGAGCUACAAGAACCAUACACGGUGACAUCGUCCCAGAAGACAGGGAUCCUUACGUCCAACCCGAGGAUGAGAACUACGAGAACGAGUCUGUGCGGCAGCUGGAGAGUGAGCUGCAGAUGGAGGAAUACCUGAAGCAGAAACUGCAGGACGAGGCCUUCCAGGUCAGCUUGCAAGGUUGAAUGCAAUGUCCUUUUCUCACUCUCCUCUCAAGCAAGCUAUAGUCAGACAGAUGAUGAAAAUAACAUGACAUCCGGUGAUGGAGAGAGCUGUACCUACACAGAGGAGGAAGACAGCAGCCUGGCCGCAGCCUCACCCUCGCUCGGAGAGAGGAGCCACCACAUCCAGCGGCUCCACCACCCCCCUCCCCUAAGAUGUGUUCCGAUGCCUGUAGUGCAGCUAGCUUUCUGUUCUAAGAUUUGUAGUUCAUAGGUGUGUGUUUUAGAGGGGGGGGUGGGGAGACAAGACUUAUGUUCCUAGACAAUGUAUCAACUCCAUCUCCUGUCACAUGGCUCAUCCCUGGUUCAAAGCAAACACCCACAGGCUGAGAGCCUGCUGCUGGUAACACCGGGCAGUCGUAUUAACGAGCGUUUUAAACCUUUGCACACAAUACUGAACCCGUUCAGUUUACAAUGACAAUAUUAAUACUGUUUGUAGCUAGGAGUUUCAUUUCUGGAUUCUUUGAGAUUUUAGCAAAGACAGUUUUAUUAUAUACUAUACAUUUUCCAAAAAAAAAAAACAACAAUCUGCAAUAGGAUUUGGUUUCUGAGUGUCAAGACUCAGAACCCAGAAGCCAAGAAGGGUCCUUGGCCUGCCCAUGUCUCCAAGUCCCUCUGAGAAAUGACUUAAACCUGCCACCACCAGAAAUGAUGGGAUUUGGGGAGGGGGGGCAUAUUUCCAACUUUGGGUUAUUUUCCUUUAAGAUAUUCUAAUGAGUCAGCCAUAGAAUUUAAUGUAAAUACUUUUUCCAAAUAGAUAUCAUAUUCAAAAAAAAGAGAGAGAGACAACAUUCAAAUGAUAUAGAAUCUAGUUUUUAAAAUCAGCACAGAUCUUCUUAAAAACUGUGAACUAUGUUUUUGGAAUACUCGUUACUAAAGCUGUUUAUAAACCACAGGUGCCAUAAGAUCCCCCAACGGACUCCAGUUUUCUGCACUCCUCCAGGUCUUGCUCUCCACAUUGUAUCCUUAGGAAGCAUGUCUUACCCAGCACUGCUCAUUGGCAAGUUCCUUCAUCGGGUAGUUCCGAGGCCUUCAGCUUUAAAAGUAUGGGCUUAAAGCGCGCUUGCAGACAUUCGCUCGCUCGCCCGCCCGCCCUGCCCUCCGCUUUUCCUUUCUGGAUGUUGAUUGCCUUACCUGGCCACCUGUUGUUCUGCAUGCAGCCGUGUGUGGUCUCGUGAGAGGAGGAGACAGGCUCUUCCAGGUGGUAUUGGGAUUUCACACUCAGCUGGAGGCUGGUGUGUGAAAGAACUCUCAAAGACAAGAGGAUCAAAGCCUGUGGAUGGUCCUUCACGAGGCCCCUCAGUAGAGAGACCUCAAAAGGGCCUCCCUUAGUGAUCCUGGGGAAAAUGGAAGCGAAAUUGGUUAUUUCAAGAUCUGAUGUAUAAGGAAAAGAAAGAGCCAGAUACCCGCGGGCUGUCUUAAACAUGCAGCCUCUCUGGAAUUCCUGGUUUUUUCUUCUAAAAGAAAGAAAGAAAAGAAUAUCAUUGCAGAACAAUGAGUCUCAGAAUGUGUCCCUCAGACCAGCAAUGUUUGAGUCACCCAAAAGUCUUAGCAACGCAGUUUCCUAGGCUCCAAACCCGGACUGACCCACUGAAUCCGAAACUCUUGGGUCUGGGCCUAAUGAUCCAUGUUUUAAUCAGCCCUCCUAACAGUUCCAAUGUGUUCUGUAAGAUGGAAAUCCUUGUUCUAGAGUAGAGUUGUAUAACAAAGACAGAAAAAGGCCUUAUCCAGACUAGGUUGGAGCUCAGUUGGUCGAGUGCUUGCCUAGCAUACACAAAGCUCUGGGUUCAAUCUUCCAAAGCUUUGUAAACCUGGCAUGAUAACACAUGCCUGUGAUUCUAGCACUCAGGAGAUGGAGGCAGGAAGAUCAGGAGGUCAAGGUCGUCCUCAGCUACAUAGUAAGUUGGAGGCCAGCCUAGGCUACAUGAGACCCUGUCUUGAAGGAGGGGGAAAGUGCUCAGAAUAAAUGAGGAAUGUCCUAAGUGGACCACAAGAUUCAUUUUGCUCACUAGGCUAGCAGAAGCCCCCUCCCACCCCAUACACCUAGACUGUAUUGAGUGGCUAAGAACUCCCUUUCUGAGCCCAUUGUCUGCAGAGGGCUCUUGGGUGUUCUUGCCUCUGCAUUCGGUCAGAAACCUCCUUGGCUGCCCUUUAUAAACAAAAUCAUUUGCCUUGAGGAUAGCUGAGGGCUUGGUUGGCAUCAGUGGGGGAAGGGCUUGAUUGAUUGGCAUCAGUAGAGGGACCCCCCCACCCCCCGCGCUGUCCCUGGGUGUUCUUAGUCUAUCUCUCGAGAAAACCCGCCUCACAAAAUUCCCUGAGCACAGGCUAGCACCAAAGUUUCACAAACUGCACAGUUCUCUGAUUUCUUUGCACAGGU